AGAGAGAGACAGGGAGCUGCUGCUUUAGUAUUGCACCGACUUGUGUGGAGAGGAAGACACCCAGGGCGUUCUGUGCAGCAUGGGUAAGGACUAUUACAGCAUUCUGGGCUUGCAGAAAGGAGCUUCCGACGAAGACAUCAAGAAAGCCUAUCGGAAACAAGCCCUGAGAUGGCACCCGGACAAGAAUAAAUCCGCCAACGCCGAGGAUAAGUUCAAGGAGGUGGCUGAAGCCUACGAGGUCCUGAGCGACCCCAAGAAGAGGGAGAUUUAUGACCAGUUUGGGGAGGAAGGGCUGAAAGGAGGAGCUGGUGGUGCUGAUGAGCAGGGAGGAACAUUCCGCUACACCUUUCAUGGAGACCCUCAUGCCACCUUUGCAGCAUUCUUUGGGGGUGCCAACCCUUUUGAGAUGUUCUUCAGCAGGAGGAUGGCAAACGGACACCAGGAUGAAGGCAUGGAUGUGGACUCUGACCCCUUUGCCCAGUUUGGAGGCUUCAGCAUGAAUGGCUUCCCGAGGGACAGGCAUGGUGGCGGAGUGAUGGGAGAGAUACGGCGCAGGCAAGACCCGCCCAUUAUCCAUGAGCUGCGGGUGUCCCUGGAGGAAAUAUAUAAUGGCUGUACCAAGAGGAUGAAGAUUUCCAGGAAGCGGCUAAACCCGGAUGGUAGGACCGUCAGGAUAGAGGACAAGAUAUUGACGAUCGAAAUUAAAAGGGGCUGGAAAGAGGGAACCAAAAUCACAUUCCCCAAAGAAGGGGAUGAAACACCAAACACUAUCCCUGCGGAUGUGGUUUUUGUACUCAAAGACAAGCCUCACUCCCACUUUAAGAGAGAUGGAUCGAACAUUGUCUACAAUGCCCGCAUCAGCCUGAGGGAGGCUUUGUGUGGUUGUGUGGUACAUGUACCAACCAUGGAAGGCAGAUCAAUCCCACUAACAACUCAGGAUGUGAUCAAACCAGGGUCGAGGAAGAGGAUAAGCGGCAGAGGAUUACCAUUCCCUAAAAACCCAGACCGCCGAGGUGACCUGAUUGUGGAAUUUGAAGUCAUUUUCCCAGACUUUAUUUCCACAUCGUCCAAAGAAGUGCUGAAGCGACAUUUACCCACAUCCUAAAUGUGAGGACUGGAUUUCAGCAGAAGGGUCACUCCACUGUACAUAAUGAACUAACUGCUUUGCAGUGUUGUGCUUGGGCCAUGUGCGUGUUCUGGGAUAAAGUAUCAAUGCAUGUUUUGGGAGGUCUCUCAAACAGCAAUAACCUUUUGCGUGGCUCUUAACGCAGAGGCCGAAGCUUUUUACCAUAGCCUCUCAGGGCAGUCGUUGAUAUUUUGUACAUUUUUUAUUUAGCGAAUUGUUUCUUUUUUCUUAUGUAAAUAUAAAACACUACCCAACAAAUGGCAAUUCAUAUUCUUGGCAAAAAGGGAAACUGAUGCUCAGAGGCUGUGUUGAAGUUUGCACUUGAUGUCUAGUUCAAAGUAGAAAUAGCCUGGGUUCAGAUUGCACUUUGCAAUGUUCACCAAAAAGUGUGUUUUCACCACAUUAGCACACAUUCAUAAAUAUCGCACAAACUUUUAAGAAGUCCAACGUCAUGCAAUUUGACUGUCUGUGUCUAUGCACUAUCAAUUGGUUUAUUCUUAUUCUGAACUCCACUGAGGUUCUGUUGUGUGAAUUGGUGGGCAUGUAAAAUCUUGAUGUGAUACCCACUUGAACUGUGAAAAGUAUCCAGUGUUAUAACUGAUUUUUUUUUUCUUCUCCAUCCAAAUUUGGAUGGUAUUUCCAAAGAUCACUGAGUAUCAGCAUUAGAAUGAUGUACUUUUUGUUACAGAUCUGUUGAAAGAGGCUAGCCAUGAUGUCGAAGUGCCAGUGUUGGACUGGGGUCGACAAGGUCAGAGGUCACAUGACAGCAGGUUGGAGCCCUGCAGUGCUCCGAAAACUUGUGAUUUCAAAUAAACCUGUUGGACUACAACCUGGUGUCAUGUGACUGAUUACCUUGUUGGAAGAGGAGGUAACUUUUUGGACUGAUUAUAAUUAACUGCAUUGGAGCACCUUCAGCGUAUUGGCUAACUUGCAAUCUUAUUUGUAGCUUCUCAAAAACAGCAACAGAAGUGGAUCAAACAAAACUAACAGUAUUUAUUAAAAUAAAAAUUGUUUUUGUUCAUUGUCUGAUAAAAUGAACUGUCUGAACAAUAGUGCUUUUAUUUUGUUAAAAUGAGAAAUACAUGAACAAAGUUAACACGUGA